UUUGCCUUAUGGCGUAAUAAUGGCCAUACCAUAAACGACAUCGCUUAAUGUUCUCUGUAACAAGAUUCGUCGGCGUUGUCCUCCCUCUAAUUCAAGAAAAGUGCAUUGAAUAAUAAAUCAACUAAAUUAAUAACUGCGUCUCCCAUCCAAAGCCAGCGUACAACCUCAACAAGCAACUAAAUUUCAGGCCAUUUCCAGAUCGUAUUAAUACUCACCUUUUUUGUUUCAAUUUUCUACAAUACGCCAUAGAUUGACACAAAAUCUGGUAAAAAGAAGCUGCUUUCUUCGAUUUUUAUCAAACUGAAAGGAUUUGCUCAGUUCACCAUUCUAAUCAGCUCGAGGAUCCGCUCAUAAUGCAUUGAGUAUGGACAGCAAUUUCUUGCCGUCCAUUUCUUUAAGAGCUAGCCGAAGGGCAGACCGUAACCAUCUUCAAUCCAGAGAUGGUAAGGGAGGCCUUGCAAGUGGGAAGUCAUACCAAGACUCCCCUAUGAAGAUUAUAUGGAAAAGGGGUUUCAUUCGGUUGGUUCUUGUGGGCGGAAUUAUUUGGGGUCUGCUCAUUCUAACCGCAUUGUUAUUUCAUGCUUGGUCUUGCCAGUCGUCUAUUGCUUUCUUUUCAGCCCUUUGUAACAAAAGCAGUGUAAUUUAUGGAGCAAUACAGAGCCUGGGACUCGUGACGCCUCCACAUCGUUGUUCUAUUCCUGUAGCAGAUGACCCAAAUAAGAUUGUCAUUCCAAAAAGGAGAUCUCCGGAAAAAUAUGUGCAGUCACUUUCUUACAUUAUGGAGGAUUUUACAGAAACCAAUGGAUCUCAGUCACCACCUCUAUUUGGAGGACAUAUAACAUGGCAACAGAGAGAUGAGAGCUUUAAAGUAAAACCAACCAUGAAGGUGCACUGUGGAUUUAUACGAAAUGGUGGUGCAGAAAUGUCUCAGAAAGACGUCAAAUAUGUCAAGAAGUGUCGGUUUAUUGUUGCCUCUGGUAUUUUUGAUGGAUAUGAUACACCUCACCAGCCAUCAAAUAUAAGUUCACGUUCGCAGAAGCUCUUUUGCUUUCUUAUGGUUGUCGAUGAAGUAUCUCUUGAGUUCAUCAAGAAAAAUGUUACUGUUAGAGAGGACAACGAAGGGGGAGAAUGGGUUGGUAUCUGGCGUUUGAUUCUAUUGAAGCAUCCUCCAUAUGAUGAGCCCAGAAGGAAUGGAAAAGUUCCCAAAAUAUUAACCCACAGAUUAUUUCCUCAAGCACAGUACAGUAUCUGGAUUGAUGGUAAAAUGGAGCUGAUAGUUGACCCAUUGCUAUUACUUGAAAGAUACUUGUGGCGCGAGAAGCAUACAUUUGCAAUUGCUCAGCACAAGCAUCACCGCAAUGUGUACGAAGAGGCUGAUGCAAACAAAAGGAGAAAACGAUAUGCUCGUCCGUUGAUUGAUCUUCAUAUGAAGAUAUAUCGCUAUGAGGGAAUGGAACCAUGGAAUCCAAAGAAAAGUACUCCUAGUGAUAUUCCAGAAGGAGCUGUUAUCAUACGAGAACAUACUGCACUGAGUAACUUGUUUAGUUGCUUGUGGUUCAAUGAAGUUCACCUCUUCACACCGAGAGAUCAGCUGAGCUUUGGAUAUGUUGUCUAUAGGUUAGGAGGCCUGUUCAAAUUUUUUAUGUUCCCUAAUUGUGAGUAUAAUUCCAUCUUUAUUUUGCACAAUCAUACCCGCGAACAUUCAUCCAAAGUAGAGUGGGUAAAAUCUUUGGAUGAAUUUAAGAAAGAUAAAACCGGUGGUUUGAAAGAGAGUAGGGGAGGAUUAGGCUUGUGGACUCCUUACCCUGGGGAUCUUGAUUCGGUUGUGUUACCAUCUGUAAAGAGAACUUCAAAAGCUGGAUGAAAUUGGAGUUUCUUUUUCAAAUUCUGAAUAACAUUGUAAUACGUUGUGUUUUAUCCUUCAUCAAUUUGAGGUUUUGUUUGGAAG